AACAUUUGCCACGUCGUCGUCGUCGUUCAGACUCAUCCUUUCACUUACCGUCUCUUCCAUAUACUCGUCGGCUCUAACCAACUUCCCUUCGAUCGCGAUCGCUACGCACAAUGACGGACGGACGGACCUCCAGCUUGCCUGAGAUUCCUAAGCCGAACGUGGAUCCCAACAUUUCCCUAGACUUCAUCGCCGAGAACACUGAUAUCCCGGAGGUCAAGCACCGCAUCGACAGUGUCCAGAGGCUGGCGGCUGAGAAUGACAAACUCACCGCGGAGCUGAAGGCGAUGGACGAGCGGCUGCGAGCGAUAGAACGGCGGACGCAGGAGCUGGAAAAUCAGAAGCGCGGCGCGAACACUGGCACACGCGCCUGACGCGUGCGAUGGAGAGUUCGGUGUCCUUCCUCCCUUCCGACCACUGCAUUCAUAAUACUUCUCGGUCUGGCGAGCGUGGUGCGCUCGUCGGUGUACAGUAAUCAGCGACGGAGAUUUAGAGCAGCACCUCCAGACGUCGCGACCUGCAUAUGUUGUUGUUUUUGUGAUUCAUCUAUCCAUCCGUACGCAUCAG